AGUGUUGAAGAAAAGCAGAGGGGGGUGCUUGGGCAGGGCACGUCAUGGCCAGAAGGGACAACAGGCGGUGGUCGAGACUCAGCACGGAGUGGCAGCCAAAGGACGGAAUGCGUCUGGGUAGCGAAUUCAGCUUCGUGUGCAGAAAGGCUCCAAUCACUGAAUCGUUAUUUUGAGUGCCAGUACCGGCCUCAAUAAAGUAGGCAUCAGUGUACGUGGUUGUCUAGAUGUCGUGUGACCCCCAAUUUAUCAGCAUCAGAAUAUGUAUUUAUACUGGAGGAAUCCGAUUAGUUAUAAAGCUAUUUUUUUACAGGUGUCCAGUAGGGGGCGGUUAAGAACGUUACAACAACAAACUGUAAAAAACAUGAUGGCAGUGCAAAGUACAAGAAAGUUGCGCUUUAUGCUGCUGUUUAGCCGGCAGGGCAAGUUGCGCCUGCAGAAGUGGUACGUGGCGCUGGCGGAGCGCGAGCGGCGCAAGGUGGUGCGCGAGGUGGUGCAGGGGGUGCUCACGCGCAAGCCUCGCUCUUCCAACUUCCUCGACUGGCGUGACCUCAAGCUCGUUUACAAGCGCUACGCGAGUCUGUAUUUCUGCUGCGCGAUCGAGUCGCACGAGAAUGAACUGCUGUCGCUGGAGCUCAUCCACCGCUACGUGGAGCUGCUCGACCAGUACUUCGGAAACGUGUGCGAGCUGGACAUCAUCUUCAAUUUCGAGAAAGCCUAUUUCAUCCUGGACGAGUUCCUGCUGGGCGGAGAGGUGCAGGAGACCUCCAAGAAGAGGGCGUUGAAAGCCAUCGAGGAGGCCGACCUACUGCAGGAGGAGAACGAGGAACCUCGCAGCAUGCUGGAGGAGCUGGGGCUGGUGUGAGUGAAGCGCCGAGUUGAGCCGAGACGACCCCCCUCUCUCUGGGAGAGCACCCCCCCUCCGCUCCCCUCCCCCCAUCAACGUAAAUUACACCGGAGCCCCACGCAGAGCACCACCGUGAAAACCCACGUCUCGCAAACGCGUUUGUGUUCACCGGGGAGAGUUUUCUUUGAAGACUUAAUACCGUGGUACCUGUGUGAGGUGGCAGACCUGGCAUCUACUGUAUUACAAUGUCAUUGUUUCUUUUGUAAAUUAAUUGGAACAGCACGGUCAACUCUCAAUUAUCCAGGAUAAUGGUAGGUUUUUUUUGUGGGGGGGGGGGGGGGGGGUGCGGGAGGGAGGGCUGGCCCAGAUAAAGCAUAAGCACGGAUAACAUAUUUAAAUUAGGGUAUAAAACGUACGUAUUGUUUACCUCAGUAGAAUGGGGGUGAACAUGUUUAAUGUGCAUUCUAUUUUAUUGCUCUUUUUAUUGCUUCUCAAAGUAAUGGGUUUACUUGCCGACGUGCUUACAGUCACGUGGGCACUGCGUCACUGGCCCUCGAAGAGUGAGGAGCAGCUCGUAAUUAUAUCGCCGCGCGCAUAAAUCUAUAUUUUUUUCCGGCAGUAAAUCCGCAAAACAGACAAUCCACCCACAGACAAUCGAGAGUUUACCGUGUUCAUAUUUGUAAUUUCAGCUCACGAUUCUGUUGUGAUUGUAAUUGACCCCAGGUCUGACGAGGAAUGGUGAAGAAGCUAUGAGAUCGCGACGAUUCACAUUGUCACAGAGACGCGAUGAAAGUAACAAACGUAAUUUUUAUUUUAGCCCCAUCUUUGCGCGAUGUGAUGCUAUGCAUGUAACGAUACAUCGAUUGGAAUCGAUGAUGAUGCUUGUAGUACUUUGCAUUGAGUUGCGCUUGUGACAUUAGAUUAUUCACACUUUAUGGAAAUUAUCAUUUCAAAUUACAUUCUAAUGUUAAGGUAAAUGCAGUGGACAUGCCUAUACAAAUGAGGCAGAAGAAAAAGAAACGCUAAAAAUGAGAGAGAAUCAAAUGGCGAUCCUGAAUUGUGACAAUUCAUCAAAUCAACGGGUCAAGAGUGCGACAUGAAUUGUUACAUGCCCAAAUGACAUGGUACAAUUUGGUUUUAUAAAGCAUCAACAUACAGUUCUGUUUUAAUCAUAUAUUAAUAAUGAAGCUGCUGUCUGUCCCAAUAGUAGUUACUACAUGUUAAAUAAAAUAAUGUGUUUUGAGUGGAUAAUGGUAAAAAAAAAUGUUUAUUCCCUCAAGGCGUUUUGUCAGCUCCUGCCGCUCAUAUACCGAGUUUCCAGAGGACGACGGUCAACCGUUCCACUUUUCCACUGCUUCAGUUGAGCCACAUCGGAGCUUUGCUGAGCCAGGCCAGCAUAGCUGAGUUGGCGUUAGGUAAUUUUUCCACUGCAGGAGCCGAGACAUGCCGCUGUCGUCACAUUGAAAGAGCAAGUCAAGUUCCAUGUCGGUGUCUGGGUAAUUCUAUGUCUUCACAGCAGAGGUCGCAACCGGGUACCCGAUACCCGUACCCUACCCGAUACCCGGCUAUCCGUACCCGGCCGGGUACGGGUACGGGUAGCCGUUUGCGACCCUGGUGCGCCGGGUACAGGUAGGCCGUGAGUCACUGGUGAGUAACUGUUUGUCACUCAUUUCCCAACGUCUUGUCUCUUCUCACAAUUCAAGUUCCUAGAAUCAACCCACCCGCGCCUGCAACAUGGCUUCAUCCCAGAGGUCGCAAUCAGGUACCCGAUACCCGUACCCUACCCGUACCUGGCCGGGUAUGGGUAGGGCACGGGUACGGCCGGGUACGGGUACCCGUUUUCGACCCUGGUGCGGCCGGGUACGGGUAAGGAAUCAAAACCCGUUUGCGACCUUUGCUUCACAGUAUACUGACGACGUCACACGCGAUGAAUGCGACAUUAGCCCUGCCCCUGGUCGUGCUUGGCCCCAAGCCACCUUUGGACGUCUUGUGCGGCCAGCGUAUCACGGAUUGGUUCUUGCUCAGCACAGCAAAUUGCCUGUGGAAAACCACCCGUACCGUGAGUGACCCCGUGCUGGCUCAGCUCAGAUGUGCCAGUGUAGAAUGCGUGCUGGAGUUAGCCCGAGUUAGCCUAAUAUCUGUCAGAAUUGAAGUUGAAAGAAGGCUCUAGUUGACUAAAGAAAUUGAAUGUUUCCAUGAGUUAUCAAGUAAUCACCGAGUUGGACAGCUAUUUCCGGAAACACUUCGGAAUUAGACUCGGCUACAGUCAAAUGCCAAGACUGGUGCUGAUAACUUAAAUUCAAUGUAAAAUUUAAAUCUAAAAUGAAAUGUUCCAGCCACCUCCAAUCAAAUGUUUUGUCGUAACAUAUUUGGUAAUGUAUUUCAUCCCAGUAGAGGGUACAUUUAACACAAGCUUUCACAACCAAUUUUAUUAUUCUUAAUUUAUUGUUCACAUCAUAACUUUAUUUAUUUGGCUCUAUCAAGUGCAGGAGGGUGUACCAGUGACGUGCGGUGAGGUCAAUGGCUGAGGAGGCAUUGGCGAGUGUCAGAGCCAGAUUCACACACUGAGGGGGGUGUAGUCUUACUGAGGGGGGCGUGGCCUCACUGAGGGGGCGUGUUAGACACAUCCCCCUCAGUGAGGCAGAUGUGAUAGCUGCCUCCCCUGGUGCUUUUUCAUUACAGUUUCAUGACGAGACCAGCGAGCCUAAAUAUUUUUAUGCACAUACGUGAAAUAAGUUACCUGGAGUAUGGAAGGCGAGGACAUGAAAUGAAGGGGUCUACAAACAUUACAUUGGUGACAUACUGAGAUAAUAACAGGCACGCGCUUAUUGCCCGCGCUCCAUACAGUUACUGAGGGGUUGCGCAAUCAGAGGGGAGGCUGAGCUCGUCGCUGCCUCACCUCUCGUCUCUUCCUGUAUUUGCAGCGGAGCUCCGAAAAUUAGGCGAUUUUUUUUUACUAUAAAAAUGAUUGGAAUCGUACAGAAAUGACAUUUAUAACACAGAUCGUGGAAAAAUCUUAAUAUUUAUUUGAUUUUUUUCGUAACAGCUAUUUUAAUUGGAAUAUGACGGGUGAGGCUCUGCCUCCCCUGCCUCCCCUGACCGCACGUCCCUGGGGUGUACAACACGCAUUGGCAAUCUGACCUAAAAAUCUAUAACGAUUUACCUAUUUCCACUCCGCCGGAAUUCUGACGGAGGGAAUUCAGGCUAAUUUCAGUGGAGUGAAAUUAGCCUCAAAGAUUUGGGCUUUGGCCGGAAUUCACCACCACCUUCAAGUUAAUAAAAAAACUACUGCUGCCUGGAACGGCAACUUGAGUUCAACUUCGAGUUUUGAUGCUCAUGGGACCUGGGCAAUAGUUGUCGAAGCAGUGAAGGUUAAGUUUAGUUGAGAUGAAAAUGCGACAAUGCACUUAAAAGACAACACUGUAAACAUCCCCGCAGGCUGGCGAGUGUGCUGCAGUUCUUACCAAGUUUCUGGGAAUUUUCUCAAUUUCCUGCUGGAGCCAAAGCAAAUAAUCUCGCCGCAUAAAUGAGAUUUGGAUCGGUGACCACCUUCGGUUGCACCUUCGAUUAGCACGGUUGGCUACGUACGGUGUGAAAGGAGUUAAACACACAUCGGUGCACAUCGUAUAGGGAGGGGCGUGAUGAUGCAUUGCAGUUAUCGAUUGCUUCUCGAGCUCAAUGUACGUGUCAAAUCGCGUGUGACAAUUGACGUUUCUCGCUGCCUAUAUUUUGUCGCCUGCAAUGGGAUCUUAACAGGUUCUAUGUGUGACUCCCCCCCUGCCCACUGCAGUCACUCAAAACGCAACCGUUCAUCGCAAUAAAAUAAAUUGAUUCUUG